AUGCAACCGUCCGUUGCUACGUCAGUCUCGGUUGGGCACGAGGAUCAUAUUGAUGGCACCUUUGAGUUUGGUGGGAUCCGAGUAAAGCUCGUAACGUACAAGUCAAUACCUGGAGUAGUCCUGGUCAACGCGUCGAAGACUAUGAGCGAGUGGAAUACGUUACGCACGCUUAACCAUCCUAAUAUCGUUGGAUUUGAUGACGAUAACUCUGGCACUAGCCACUGGUUGCCGACAAAGGCUGGGCAAAAUGAGACUGAUCCGAAGGGGCAGUGUGAACUAUACGUUAUGAAGCCGCCUUUAUCUGUCACAGUUGCGGCCGCUGCAGCCCAGUAUCCAUGGUCAUUACUAGAUGUGCGAAGAAUUUGCAAAGACACUCUUAACGCUCUUGAAUACCUAGCUGGGCAGAAUCUCUUACGAGGUAACUUCACUGCAGAACACAUACUAGUGACCGGGGAAGGGUUCAAACUUGCAAAUGUUCACUUGUGUCAGGUCGCACAGGACAACUGCGACGUGGGAGAUCUUCGAUCGGUUAGUCGGAUCCUCAAAGAGAUCCUCGAAGGGAGUAACCGCGUUCCAGAUAAUGGAGAAUGGAUAGGCUUCUAUAAUGUUGCGAUGAAAGAGCUUACUUUUAAGGAAUAUCAAGACGUGUUGCCUGAAUUGCUCGUACGGUAUUGGCCCCCGCAUGGGGGAGAGUAUGAAAAUAGAUCUCAAGAGGACAGACUUCGUGGAAUUGCCUAUCUUGUUAGUCAAAGGUAG